UGUCAAACAGUCCUCCGAAAAGCUUUAAAAUCUUCUCCUAAUGAAUCAAGUAACGACCUGUGGAAAGCAACCAGUAACCAUACUAAUACCCAAUAUGACGCUUAUAACUCUACUAAGGAAGUUCUCAAAGAUUUCCGUUCUGGACACGAAAACAAACUCCUAAACCAAUUAACCAGUCAAGGAUCCUUUUUCUGCAGCGUCAAGAAGUUCGCUUUAGCUCAGCUUAACAAG